UAUAAAACCCCCCCAAGCUACCCCAUUAUCUCUUAUCUUUUCUCACUCUCCUUUUUUUUCUUUUUUUUUUUCUCUUUCUCUCUUCCUCUUUCACUUCCUCUGAUUUUCUCUCUCAUGAAACAAAUUACACAAUAAAUAAUGGAUAAGAAACCGUGUAACUCAUCCCAGGAUGCUGAAGUGAGAAAAGGUCCAUGGACCAUGGAAGAAGAUUUGAUUCUGAUCAACUAUAUUGCAAAUCAUGGUGAAGGUGUUUGGAACUCCCUAGCCAAGGCUGCUGGUCUGAAACGUACCGGGAAGAGUUGCCGUCUUCGUUGGCUAAACUAUCUACGACCGGAUGUUCGGAGAGGAAAUAUUACUCCUGAGGAACAGCUCUUGAUCAUGGAACUGCAUGCUAAGUGGGGAAACAGGUGGUCAAAAAUUGCAAAGCAUCUUCCAGGAAGGACAGAUAAUGAGAUAAAGAAUUAUUGGAGGACUAGAAUCCAGAAGCACAUUAGGCAAACCGAUCAGAACAUGAACCAUGGACAAAGUUCCGAGAUGAUGAUCGAUCAGCAGGCAAGCACAAGCCACGUAUCAAGCUCUGCAGAUCCUAUGGAGACCUAUUCUCCUCCAUCCUACCAAGUCAAAAUGGAGUCCGAUCAUCCCUCCGCUGGCACUGCUCUUCCCGUCCUCGCUGAUUCGAAUGACAGCUAUUGGAGCAUGGAGGAUCUCUGGUCUAUGCAAUUACUUAAUGGAGAUUAAACUAAAAAUAACUUCAUAUUAAUAAUCAUAAUUAUCAUGGUCCAGCUUCUUAUUAUAUAAUUAGGUUUGUUUAUAGUUGGAAGUUAGUAAUAUCCAUAUGGUAUUUUGCAUCUAAUUAAGUAUGGUUUGUGUAAGAGGAUCAUAUAUAUAUACUUUGUAUCCAUUAUAUAGUAAAUGAAAAAAUAUCUAUAUAUAUUUGGCUUAUAUAUAAUAUUUCGAAGUUAUAUGAUUUAAGGAACAUGUAUAUAAGCCAAUAAGAUCACUUGUAUAUGUAUCAUGGUUAUGUGGACACCACCAUUACAAAGGUAAUCUCUUUCUCUUU